UGGCUGUCAGCCACAAAUAUACAAAACAAACAAACUUUUUUGAGGUAACCACUAAUCGGUGAAUAGCGGAGAGUCAAGCUCAUCAGCUGAUCUACCUUUCGUGUUGUUAUAUAUGAACACAAAAUGUCUCCCUCCCUUGUUAAUCUCCAUUUACCAGCCCCCAGCUCAGUGCCAUCAUGGUCACGAUGUCACAGAACAUCCCAGAACGUUGCGCUGUCCUUGUGAUUGGUGGUGGGCCAGGUGGCUCAUACUGUGCUGCUGCUCUGGCUCGAGAGGGUAUUGAUACAGUGUUACUAGAAGCAGACCAGUUCCCUCGUUACCAUAUCGGGGAGAGCAUGCUGCCAUCAAUGCGCCAUCUGCUUCGUUUCAUUGACUUGGAUCAGGCUUUCGAUCAUUACGGCUUCACAAAGAAGUUUGGGGCAUCCUUUAAGUUGGAUAAAGCCAAGCGAGCUGGGAAUACUGAUUUCCUCGCCGCUGGGGGGCCCGACAACUACGCGUGGAAUGUUGUCCGCUCUGAGGCUGACUAUUUGAUGUUUCAGCACGCAACGACAUGCGGCGCAAAGACUUUCGACGGUGUCAAGGUCAAGUCUAUCCAGUUCGCUCCGGAUGCGUAUCCUCAGCUUGGCAAGCCUGUUUCCGCCUCCUAUGUGAGUCAACUAGACGGGUCUCGUGAGGUCAGAGAAAUCGCCUUCGACUAUCUGGUCGACGCGAGUGGUCGAAGGGGUUUGCUUAGCACCAAGUACCUCCAUAACCGCCGAUACAACGAGAGUCUCAAGAACAUCGCCCAUUGGGGAUACUGGCAAGGAGCUGAGCCUUAUGCAAAGGAUACGUCCCGGGAGAAUCAACCUUUCUUCGAGGCAUUGCACGACGAAAGUGGCUGGGUUUGGCUUAUUCCUCUGCACAAUGGGACCGUUUCGGUGGGAAUUGUGAGAAACCGCAAGACUUGGACUGUGAAGAAGCGCGAGUCUGGCUUGGGGCAGGAGGAGUUCUACCAUCACACGCUGAACCUGGUACCGGAAAUUCAGCGUCUGCUUUGUAAAGCAGAGCUCAUCAGCCCUAUCAAAUCAGCUUGUGAUUACUCCUACAGCGCCUCUACGUAUGCAAUGCCGCAUGCUCGCAUUGUUGGUGAUGCAGGAUGCUUCAUCGACCCUUACUUCUCGUCGGGCGUUCACCUGGCCCUGGUCGGUGGUCUUUCGGCUGCCACAACUAUCUGUGCUGCUUUGCGUGGCGACUGCGACGAAGCGCUGGCUGCAUCCUGGCACUCUGACAAGGUUUCCGACAGCUACAUCCGUUUCAUGCUCGUGGUUAUGAGCGCGUACCAGCAGAUUCGCAGUCAAUCGAAACCGGUCUUGAGUGAUCUUCACGAAGACAAUUUCGACCGCGCAUUCAACAUCAUCAGACCCAUCAUUCAGGGAACCGCCGAUGUCAGUCCGGAUAACAUAGCCCAGGAAGAGCUAGAUCAGACUAUCAAAUUCUGUGCUGCUGCCCAUGGAUCGGAGGAUGAAAUUCGUCAUCAUGUGAGAAAGCUAUUGCGCACUGAAGACACCCUGAACAUGGACAGCUUCAGUACGGAUGAAAUCAAUGGCUUCGUGCCGAAUCUCAAGCAGGGGAACCUGGGCUUGAUCAAAAGUGCUGCCUAGCUGUGAGAUUGGUUGUACUGUUGGAUGUGUCCAUUGUUGUCAUUCUUCGGUUCUUGGUCUUGCCAUUGAACUUGGUUAGUGACUCGAGUUGAGCAUGUACUGUGCAAUGGAAUUUUCCGAGCUGUCAAAAUUGUCCGGUUUUUG